UACCUUGUGUACUUAACGAGGUGUACGUGCAUAUCAUUCCCCAUAUCACACCGAUAAAUCUACGGCUUCAGGUAGAGAGGCACGACAAUUAUUGAGAAAAAAUGGCAAACCUCCCGGAAGAAAUAACCAUGGACAUCUUACUUCGACUUCCAGUGAAAUCUCUAGUUCGGUUCCGCUGCGUGUGCAAGCAUUGGAAUCGCCUAUUCAACAGUCCCGCCCUUGUAAAAGCCCCCCGAACUUGGAAACUCGAAAGCCGCCUCCUCCUAAAGUACUGCAGCGAGGAUGUCACUAGACUCGGGAUACGCUCUCAGCGAAAUACUGAAGAGUUCUCAUUCGAUAUCAGCCCUCCGUCCGUAAUCGGCAAAAAGUUUGAGCUUGUUGAUUCAUCGAAUGGUAUCAUCUGCCUGUACACCUUCCAUCGGGAUGACUCCGGAGCCUCCAGGAUUUUCCUGUGGAACCCCACCAUCAAUGAUCUUUUCACCCUUCCACAGCCACCAUCUCCGGUGCCAGAGUACUUGGUCGGUUUCGGAUUCAAUCCUCUGAGCGCCCACCUCGAUGACUUCAAGGUGAUAUGCAUCAACCUACGCUUGGAAUACAAAGAUCGGGAGCGGAAAAGGCACUCACAGGUCGAGGUUUAUAGCCUGAGGACGAACUCUUGGAAGCAACUCGGGGAUCGCUAUCCUUCCUACCUUAACGGUCACCUGGGCAAUCAAGUGAUCUUCAAUGAAUUCAUCUGCUGGUAUCCUUAUGUUCAGGUAAACAAGCAGUCAGUCUUGACCGUCUUUGAUGUGGCCAAGGAGGAAUUUCACGAGAUGAGGCUGCCUAACUCGAUGCCCUCGGAUGGCAAACAAAUCGGGUUACUAGAUGGAUGCGUGUCCCUGUGGGCACAUAACCCAAGCGAAGGCUAUGAAGUGUGGACGAUGAAGGUGUUCGGGAACUUGGAGUCUUGGACUAAGCUAUACACGAUCAAGAUUUUUGCCAGGAGCAUCGCUCGGUACCAGCCCCUCGGGCUUGCUAGCGUCAAAGAAGCCUUACUGCUCAAUACCAUUCCCAGAGGUCUCCGCCACAGGUCACCCAGUUACAUAAGUCUUUACGACAUGGAAAGGGGAAGAUUUAGCGAAAGUUUUAGGUUUACUGUCGAUUCGAUAUAUGGCAAUCGCUUGGUGACCCAUGCCGAGAGUCUGAUUUCUCCAUCUUACAGUGCCCAAGCAGAGCGGCGUUAGGUCUCAAAAUGUGCGAUGGGUGUCUCGGUGACUGCACACACCGAACUUUCGAACAAUCCGUUCGUUGCACCUCCUCCUAUCCUCAAAACUCCAAAAACCUCAAUUUUCACACGAUUACAUGUGAGUUUGUAGGAAUCUGUUACGUUUCCUGAUGUGAUCAAUGAGAAAAUGCAGCAUAAUAUUAUAUAUACACGCUAUUAAUUC